UUCCAAACUGAGUGUGUUUUUCGGAAGAACAAGAGACAAAAGUUUGAGUGUUAUUCGAAAUUUUUUGGUCCAGUUGGAGUUAACUCUGUAGAAGCAAGUCGUUUUCUUCUGGAUGUAGCGUGUCUGUGUUGGGUGUCAGUGAAAUAUGAAUUUGACACUCAGUCUCUUGUAACAAGCUUUGGAGAAUAUAUAGAUAUUGCAGAAAAUCAGGAAGCUGCCAGACUUGCUCCGUGGAAUGCCAGCGAUCCUCGUUUCAUCAUCUCUUGCGAGACAAAUGACGAAGGAGAGUCAUCUGGUUUCAAUACCCCCGCAGAGAUUUCUAAUGCGGAAGGCCUUGUUAGUGGAAGUCGGAAUAUUUUUUCGAAAGUGUUUAUCAAAUGUCCCAUAUUAAUAACCUACGUAGAUAGUCAGAAGGAUGUUAAGCCUGGAUCUUUUGUGCGAUUCGAUGCAGUUUAUAAUGAGUUUCUUAAAUUUUACACGGUGCGCAGUUAUACCUUAGUCCCGCGGAAGAAGUCUGUUCCACAUGUUUUGAUUGGAUUUGGUCAGACUCCCUUACUGAAAGUUCACGUUGUUCAUCAGGUCAGUGAUACACUUUUCGGUUACUGUUGUGAAAGUGAGUAUGGCUUGGGUAUUAUUCGUGACUCGAGUAAUGUCUUGGCUCCAAUUCUUCUUAGCAGUCGUUGGAGCGAACCCUUAGAAGUCUACGUUGAAGAUACAGGUGUAGGCUUUUUCUGUCGUUUCGCAAUAAGGACUCUACCAGAUCCCACUAAAUAUUUGGUUAAGGACGCUCUGGAUAAAGGUCUUCCAACUAUUUCCGAAAAAGGAUUUUAUGUAGGCGAUAAUUUGGUUUUCGUGCCGGAUAGAAGCACUUUUGAAUUCAGAUUUGCUGAAGAUGAUAAGGACAACGAAGAAAUUCGUAAUUUGAAAGCUGGAGUGUGGCUUUCAGUUACCGCUACACCUGUUUCUGCUGAAGGAUCUUUUUUUUUCGAAAUAAAACAUUGGAAAAUAUCAAGUGGUGGUGGUUUGCAAGAGCUAAAAACUUGCUCCAGUUUGGUCGGAAAUUUGUUUGAAGCCAGGUGCCGUUAUGACAAGAACCUGUGUGUUUUUAAAUCAGAAGAGUUCGGAUAUCUGGACGACCCUGAUUCGAAGGGAUCUCUUGAAAUGAAGAAGGAGAGCACAGUCCGGACUGUAUGGGUCAGAUAUAAAGCACCUGGUUCACGUACUCUUUUCAGCAUUUAUUCACUCGAUUCUUUGGAGGGAGCUUCUCCUAAGAUUUUCAAAAGGUCUGCUACAGUUGGAUUUUUACUUUCUCUUGUUUAUGCUCAGGAUAAGAUUCAAAGUGACGCGUUAUAUAGCGUAGAGGAAAAACAGGAAGAGCAAGAGGUUACUGCUGCAGGCGAGGGUUCUUUGCCACCGGUGAUGGAUGAAAGCCGUUCAGAAAGCACUUCGCAUUCCGAAACAGAUGAAAAUAUAAAGCCUGAAGAGGAAUCUGAUAGUUAUUUUCACAAACGUUGUUCGUCGUUGGAGUGCCGUGGCCGACUUCUCCUUUUCCGGUUGCUUAACGAGCGGAAGUUACUGCGAGAAAUGCGUGCUAACAGUAUGCAAGAUCUUGUUGUACGUAUGGUGACAGCUAUUUCAAGUCAAAAUAUUGAUAAGAAGUGA